AUGCGCCGUAUGGGAAGCAAACCAAGUGCAAUUCUGCAAUGCUAUGCUGCGUUCAACUAGUCUUGUCCUGCGGCCAGUCUUGAGGAAGAUGUCCGUCUCCAGCACACGAGGAGGAGAUGCCAAGUUCGAGGGAAAAGUAGCGGUCGUCACAGCAUCCACUGACGGGAUUGGGUAUGCGAUAGCAGAGAGGCUGUUGAGGGACGGGGCAAAGGUGAUGGUGAGCAGUCGCAAGGAGAGGAAUGUGGAGAGAGCGGUAGAGAGACUGAGGGAGGGAGGAGGUAGAGAUGUGGGGGGUGUGGUCUGCCACGUGGGUAAGGAGGAGGACCGCAGGACACUCCUACAGGAGACAGUGAGGAGGUUUGGAGGUCUGGAUAUUCUAGUCUCCAAUGCAGCAGUCAACCCUGCCGUUGGAGACACCACCACAGUGGAGGAGAGUGCAUGGGACAAGAUUCUCGAUGUGAAUGUCAAAUGUACAGCUCUAUUAGUGAAGGAAGCACUUCCCUACCUCAGGAAGAGAGGAAAUGCCUCUAUCGUGAUAGUGUCGUCAAUAGGUGGAUUCAUGCCAUUCUCUGCUCUAGGGCCCUACUCCACCAGUAAGACGGCACUGUUUGGACUCACCAAAGCCCUCGCCACAGAACUUGCCCCUGCAAUUAGGGUCAAUUGCAUCGCUCCUGGUAUCAUAAAGACCAAGUUCAGCUCAGCUAUAUGGCAGAAUGAUGUAAUUGCUGCAGAGGCAAUCAAAAACAUUCCAAUGGGGAGGUUGGGUGAAGCAGAGGAAUGUGCAGGAGCUGUUGCAUUCCUGUGUUCUGAGGAUGCCAGCUACAUUACUGGAGAGACCAUUGUCAUCUCUGGAGGAAUGCCCAGCAGACUAUAA